GUAUUUUUUGAUUAAAGUUGAAGAUGAAAAAGCAAAAGAGAAAUCUGUUCCUUCCAUCCAACACGUCCUCCUCUUUGGGUUUGCACAAAACGCGGCCUUCAUCCUGUGGCGUUGACGAUUCAUUCAUUCCUUCAUUCCUUCAUUCCUUCAUUCUCCUCGUCCCAUUCUUCUCUCCUUCUCCUUCUCCUUCUCCUUCUUCUACAAUAAUUAUUCACCCCACCUCAUUUUUCCUUUCAUCCUCUCUCUCAUUUCUCCAAUUUUCCACUCCUUCAUUCAAAUUCCAACAAACCCAUGACUGGAAAAGAGAUUCUUCACAAGAUGAAGGAAAAAGUUGGGCUGUGUUCGUCCGAUCCAGACUCGGGAAAAGGAAAGAGCAAGAUGUCCAAGCAUGUCACACAUGGCUUUCACCUGGUGGAAGGGAAAUCAAAUCAUGCCAUGGAAGAUUAUUUCGUUGCAGAGUUCAAGCAAGUUGAUCAUCAUGAGCUUGGUUUAUUUGCAAUCUUCGAUGGCCAUUUGAGCAAUUCGAUUCCUGAUUAUUUACGGUCACACUUAUUUUCUAAUAUAAUAAAUGAGCCCGAUUUCUGGACCGACCCAAAGAAUGCUGUCAAGAAAGCAUACGAGCAAACUGAUGCUUACAUUUUAGAGAAAGCUGUUGAUUUUAGUCAUGGAGGUUCAACCGCUGUCACAGCCAUAUUGAUUGACUGUAAGACACUAAUAGUGGGCAAUGUGGGGGACUCCCGUGCCGUUAUCUGUAGUAAAGGGGAGGCCAAACAAUUAUCGAUUGAUCAUGAGCCGAGCGUUGAAAGAAAAAGCAUCGAGGAGAGAGGUGGUUUUGUAUCAAACUUCCCUGGAGAUGUUCCACGCGUUGAUGGGCAGUUGGCGGUCGCAAGGGCGUUUGGUGAUAGGAGCUUAAAGCAACAUUUGAGUUCAGAGCCUUAUGUGGUAGAGGAGACAAUAGAUGACAAUACCGAAUUUGUUAUCUUAGCAAGCGAUGGAUUGUGGAAGGUCAUGUCAAACGAAGAAGCCGUGGAGUCAAUCAAGCAUAUAAAAGACGCCCAUGCAGCUGCCAAACACCUGACAGAGGAAGCCCUCAAGAGGAAGAGCAAAGAUGAUAUCUCUUGUAUAGUUGUGAGAUUUCACUGAGUUUCAUCAUGGAUUUCUGGUUCUGUCCCAACGGCUGAAAAAUGAAAGAACAUAAAGAACUAGUUCCAAAGCUCUCUCUCUCUCUCUCUCUCUCUCUCUCUCUCUCUCUCUCUCUCUCUCUCUCUCUCUCUCUCUUGUGUUGGGAAUCCCAAAUAAACUAAGUUGUGGAUUUUAGUCAAACAUGAACUUAUAUUUAUCCCUGUAUGGCUGUAUCAAAUGCUUCUCUGCGGUUGAUGUUAAA